AAGUCCAUAGAGAGAGAGAGAGAGAGAGGAAGGAAUCGAAUGAGAUGGAGGACAGACGGAUGGAUGGAUAAAUAGACGGAGAGGAGAAGCGGAGAGGAAAGAUGAGCCAGCGGCCCCUCGCCCGGAUGUUGGUGCUGCUUGUGUCCCUUCACCGGCUCUCCAUAUACGGGGGUAGCCAUUGGAGGCCGGGUAGGAGCGAGUCGGUGGUGAUUCCGGGGGACAUAGUGUUGGGGGGUUUGUUCCCGGUCCACGAGAAGGGGGGCGCCUCGUGCGGGCCGAACGUGUACAAUCGGGGUGUGCAGCGGCUCGAGGCGAUGCUGUUCGCCGUCGACCAGAUAAACAGGGACGAGGGUAUACUGCCCGGGAUCACGAUAGGGGUGCACAUUUUGGACACGUGCGGGCGGGACACGUACGCCCUUAACCAGAGCCUGCACUUCGUGAGGGCGUCGUUGUCGAACCUGGACAUGAGCGUGCUCGAGUGCGCGGACAGGUCGGCGCCGAGGGUGAAGAAGACGGCGAGCGCCGGCCCGAUAUUCGGCGUGAUAGGGGGCUCUUACAGUUCCGUGUCGUUGCAGGUUGCAAAUCUGCUCAGACUGUUCCACAUACCCCAGAUCUCGCCCGCCUCGACGGCCAAGGCGCUCAGCGACAAGACCAGGUUCGACUAUUUCGCGAGGACGGUCCCACCCGACACGUUCCAAUCGAUCGCGUUGGUGGACGUGGUGAAGAGCGCCAACUGGUCCUACGUCUCGACCGUGUACUCGGAGGGCAGUUACGGCGAAUACGGGAUCGAGGUGUUCACGAGGGAGGCGACCGAGCGGAACGUGUGCAUAGCCGCGGCAGUAAAGGUGCCGAGCGCGGCGGACGAUCGCAUGUUCGACGACAUAAUCCAAAGAUUGAGCAAGAAGGCGAACGCACGGGCGGUGGUGCUGUUCACGCGCGCCGAGGACGCGAGGGGGAUCCUGGAGGCUGCGAGGAGGUCGAACCUGAGCCAGCCCUUCCAAUGGUUGGCCAGCGACGGCUGGGGCAGGCAGAUCAAGCUCGUCGAGGGCCUCGAGGAGGAGGCCGAGGGCGCCAUCACGGUCGAGCUCCAAUCCGAGAAUAUUCCCGGGUUCGACGAGUACAUGGCCUCCCUGACCCCCGACACCAAUCGUCGAAACCCGUGGUUCAGCGAGUAUUGGGAGGAGGUGUUCGACUGCCUCCUCAAAAAGGAACGGAACGGACCAACCCAAACGACCCUCAACGCCACGACGCUCUUCUGCCCCCCCAACCUCAGACUAACCUCCGAAAGGGGUUACGAGCAAGAGUCCAAGGUCCAGUUCGUGGUGGACGCGGUGUACGCGUUCGCGUUGGCCCUCCACAACCUCCAGAGGGACGUGUGUUCGAAACUCGAGGGCCUCUGCCCCUCCAUGGCCAAUUACGACCGUGGCGUCUUCUACAGGAAUUAUCUCCUCAACGUCUCCUUCACAGACACGGCGGGAAGCGAGGUGAAGUUCGACGAGCACGGAGACGGGUUGGCGCGAUACGAGAUUCUCAACUUUCGGAAAUCGGAACACAACGGCACCAACGGUUACCAAUAUCAGGUGGUGGGGAAAUGGUUUAACUCGCUGGACAUCCGCACCGAGGAGCUGGUGUGGGCACGGGGUACCAAAGACAUACCGAUCUCCGCGUGCUCCCUACCCUGCGAGCCAGGUAUGAUAAAGAAGCAACAGGGUGACACUUGUUGCUGGGUGUGCGACCAGUGCGAGGAGUACGAGUACGUGCACGACGAGUACACCUGCAUGGACUGCGGGCCUGGCAAAUGGCCGCACGAGGACAAGAGAGGUUGCUACCAGUUGGCGAUCAAUCACAUCAGGUGGAACAGCGCGUUCGCGAUCGCCCCUGCGGUGAUCUCGUGCCUGGGUAUCGUGGCAACUAUGGCGGUCGCGUGCCUCCUGUUUCACCACAGAGACACACCUGUGGUGAGGGCGUCCGGCCGCGAGCUGACCAUCAUUCUGCUGGCGGGAGUGCUCGUCUGCUAUUUGAACACGUUCCUCCUCUUGGCCACGCCCACCACCGUCACCUGCAUACUGCAGAGGUUCGGUGUUGGCGUGAGCUUCAGCGCGGUGUACGGGGCGCUGCUCACCAAGACGAACAGAAUUGCGAGAAUCUUCGACUCGGCGUCGAGGACCGCGGUCAGGCCCAGGUACAUCAGUCCCGCGUCCCAAGUGUGCAUCGCGGCAGCUCUCAUCGCGUUACAAAUCGUGCUGACGUUGGUGUGGAUGAUCAUCGAGCCACCGGGCACGAGAUUCUUCUACCCGGAUCGUAAGCAGGUGAUCCUCAAAUGCAACAUCCAGGACAUGAGCUUCCUUUUCUCCCAGUUGUACAACGCGUUGCUGAUCCUGAUCUCGACCGUGUACGCGGUGAAGACGCGGAAAAUACCGGAGAACUUCAACGAGAGCAAGUUUAUCGGCUUCACCAUGUACACAACCUGCAUCAUAUGGCUGGCCUUCGUUCCGAUCUACUUUGGUACCGGGAACGCGCACGAGACACAGAUCACCACUCUCUGCGUUGCCAUCAGUCUGAGCGCGACCGUCACACUCGUUUGCCUUUACUCGCCCAAGAUAUACAUCAUCCUCUUCCAACCGGACAAAAAUAUCCGGAGGAAGGUCACCAUGGGAGAUAAGUCGAAAAAACAGGGAAGCAGCGCCGGCACCUCUUCCAUCACCAAAUACACGGGAUGCGAGCUGACCAGCGAGAGCAUGCCGCUUCAAAGCGCGCUCACGGCCGCGGUGCAGACGUCGGUAGGAGUGACAGAGAUCUCCCUGACAUCGAACGCAUCGAGCAAAACUAAUAACGAGCAAGUGGCACAGCUGUAGGGAAGCUAUAAUUCGAGGGAGAGGGGGGCCUCCUGGCGGCCAGCCAACACCUCUCCUCCCCUCUGGACUUCCGAACGAAGGAGCACAGUGAAUAGUGCGAAUCCGUGUUAAUAAAAAGGGGGAUAGCAAUGGCGAGCUUAGAGAAACGUGUUGCGCGGCAAAAAGGAGCGACGGUAAAAAUCUGCGGAGACGAGGCUUAUAACGAGGCCACUUCCGAUUUUUCCUUCUUUGUCCGCGCUGCUUGUUCCUACGAUACGCUGGUUCCUCGAUGUGGGGUAAGCUCAACUUCCUUCCACCGGUAGAAUCGUGUCUUUCGAUUCGACGAAUAAAAGAAGAAGAAGAAGAGAGAUAAAAAAAGAUAAACAUACGCAAUGUGUAUAUACACUUAUAGAUUUCUCUCCCGUUUUAUUACGUAUCACGCAGGUGGUGUGCGAUUAAAAGUGGACUUCUUAAAUUAAGCGAACUAUUUAAAUAAAAAAAUCCGCGUUGCCUAUUAUCCAAUUACACGACACUGGAUCGUAUCUGUGUCGUCGUAAACUGUCGUCUUCGCUCGUUCAUUAUAUAUCGAGAUCACUCGAUCGUAAUUGAGAUCGCUGUUGUUAUUGUUACUGUUACAAACGGUUAUCCUCGUGAAUAAUAUAUGAACGCAACAAGGAUAUUUAUAUAUACGCCUAUGUAUUAGGUACCGUCGUAACACGAAUGUAACCUGGUGGCACGAGUUUGACUUAUACAUAUAUACCUCUGUGCAUAAGUGUGUGUGUAGAUAUUUGCCGGUUUUAACGAAUGACUGAUAUACAAUGUAAAUUAUUAUUAUUAUUAUUACUAUUAUUAUUAUUAUUAUUAUUAUUAUUAUUAUGAAACGAUGCUCGUUUAAAAUUUUAUAUUUUAUUAAAUGCGUCUAAUAAUAUCUGAUGAUAUCUGGUAUUCCGUUGAGUAAUUUAAUUAAUUAAAUGCUUCGAAUUGUUAACUCGUCAGAAUAUCAAGACUAAUAAUUAAAAAUAAUUAU